AUGUCAUCGAGCAGGAGUUUCGCAGCGGCGGUCUUGAAUGAUCUGACGUUCACAAUGAGGGCUGUCCCGAUGGCGCCGAUGGCCAAAUGCAAGAUGAGAUCAAGGAAGAGGCGCCGGGCUUGCACUGCGAGAUGCCUGAGGAGUGCACCGUGGCUUCUCCAAAGACGAAGGCUUGGGAGCGCUUAUGCCCAGAGGCCGCGGGCUUUUGGAUCCCGGGUGGCCCUGAACUGCCGUAAGACGAUAAGGCUGAUGCACUGCAGAAGACCUUCAAACUCUUUACGAACUGCGACAGUUGGCUCCAGCAAGGACCGCCUCUUCGAGUUUGUUGAAGAGCUCACGAAUCAGCCGGUUUCGGGAUCCAAGGCGCGAGCUGUUCAGUCUUCUGGCGGAGCUGCUGGGGGCAUCGUUUCGGAGAGCCAAGGCUACGGGCUCCUCGUCUCCGGCACGGUGCUGGCGGCCAUGGGCUCCGACUCGGAUUUCAACCGCGUGUCCGAACUCACCCAUGAGCUGUUCCUGGGAUGGCGCCGCAUGUGCGAGCUGAGCGCCGCUGGUGGAAGCUGCCAGGACGACGAGGGCUUCCAGUGCGGCGGUGGCCGGUACCCGUGCCUCCCUCAUUGGAAAUUUGGGGAGGACCUGACCCGAAUCGACGGCCGCGGCGCCGCACCGGAUGGGGAUGUUGAUGCCCUGCUGGGUAUGUUGAUGGCUGUCUUGGCUUUGGAGGGCACCAGCCGCGAGCCGGACUGGCUGGAUGAGGUUGGCCAGUGGGCCUAUGACACGUGCAAGCAGUUCUACCUCAGCGCCACCGUGGCCUCCCCAAGCGGCCGCCACCAAAUCGUGAAAUUGGGCUCCUGCUGGGGUGGCUGGGGCAGCCAAGGGCAGAACCCCAGCUAUCAUGCACCGGGCGUGUAUCGCCUUUGUCGAGAUUACAUGGCUUCCCACGACGACCGCUACGGCUCAUCCUCCUCCGAGGGCGAUCGCUUUGAAUCGAAAUGGGAGACACUCAUCGAGACCAGCUAUAAGAUGCUCGGGGCCACGCAGUGUCCUUCCACUGGAUUGGUCCCGAACUGGGCGCAGGUCUUCGAAGAGGGCCAGCGACUCCGAGCUCAGACUGGCUUCAGCGGCAGCGGCACCCCAGGUGCUGAGUUUGGUGCAGAGGCAUCUAGGACGAUCUGGCGAGUGGUGGUGGACUUUGUGCUGUAUCCAUCGGAGGCGGGACCAGCAGCAGAGUUUCUCCACCCGGUGGCGCGGCACUUGGAAAAGAAGGAGACCGCGGGUCGCUGGGCAUCCUCCUUGGACGUGGAUCGUGCCUGCCUGGUGGAGACCAUCCACCCAGGGUGGCAGGUGAACAUGUUCAUGGCGGCACCAACGUUCGCCAGCCUUGUCUGCCCAUCCGCAGACCUGCAGGGACGGCGGCAGCAGGAGCUUCUAGACUCGGCUGGCCGGCUGGUGGCCCGCAAUCGCAUUCGGGACUACUACUCUGGAAGUUGGGUGGCCAUUAGCACCAUGACUCUCAACGGCGACCUGGCGCAAGCCGCUGCGAAUGCCAAGAUCGGUCAAGCAGCGCGCUCGCGCCCGUCGCCGGUAAAGUUGAUCUCUUGA